AUGACGCGUAUCCGACCGCGGAAUGGAACACGACCUGCAUCUCGGCGACAGCUAUAUAGGCGCGCUAUCCCCGCCCCUUCUUCGACGCUCGAGGCCGCCACGGCGCACCGCCGCGCUGGCCUCCUGGGGAAGGCCGUGCAGAGUGCGCUUGUGCGUCUGCAGAUCCCGGAGGCGGAGGCAGAUCGAUGUGCAGCCUGCGACGACGACGAUGGGCGCCGCCUCCGAGAUUUCGCGAUAAAGGCCGAGCGAGGCUCUGGCCUCGUGUGA